CCAAAGACAUCCCACAUUUAUUGAGAUACUCAAACGACCGUACAGCAAUAUUGGAUGUGAUGGUGCAGACCUACGGGCGACAGUCUGUGGAUGAGACCAGAGAGAUUUUAAAGAAGUUGCACAGAGUUGAUCUCAUGCAGAUGUUUUCAGAGACUAGCUCAGAACCCAAAGUGGAUGAGCAUCAACCUCCAGUCUUUGAAAAAACGGUAAAGGAAGAUGUGGAACAUGUUCUUUCGGAAACACUGAGUGGUUUGAAACUUGAGGAGUUUGAGAAAUUUAAGUGGGUGCUGCAGCUCACAUACUUCCAGAGGAGUUUUACACGAAUCCAGUGGCACGACAUGGAGUGGGCAACAACUCCAGAUGAACUGGUGUAUCUGAUGGUGAGGAACCAGCAGCCUGUGGAGGUGACCAAAGAGGUUUUAUUGGACAUGAACAGGACUGAUCUAGUUGAGAGGCUGAUGGGGACAGACUCAGGACUUCAAGAAGAACACUCUAUGGAUGAAGAGCCGCUUUCACUGACCCAGAGGGUGGAAAAGAUGACAUCUGUUUUAGAACUGCUUGUGGAAAUUAUAGCUUGCCUAACAGAAAACCAGUAUAAGAUAUUCAAGCAGUUGAUCAGAAAUGAAGGCUACAAUACAUAUAAAUCAUACAACCCUCGUUUGCUGGGGCAGACAAACCAUCAGGACACUGCGUGUGUUACUGUUUUGACUUUUGGUCAAAACUCUGUUGUGAAGACAAUGAAGAUUUUAAAGAAGAUGAACAGAACUGAUCUGGUGCAGAAGUUGUUGGAGACCAGCUCAAGUUUCAAAAAGAAACGCUCAGAUGAACCACGCUCUGUCCUGUUGGAGAAAGCAGCAACAAUGGCAGCUGUUAAAGAGCUGCUUUUGGAAAUCCUGCAUUCUUUAAAUAAUGGGGAGCUCAGGAAAUUCAAGAAGUUUUUGCUGUCGGCCUUUCAAGAGGACUCCAAAGACAUCCCACAUUUAUUGAGAUACUCAAACGACCGUACAGCAAUAUUGGAUGUGAUGGUGCAGACCUACGGGCGACAGUCUGUGGAUGAGACCAGAGAGAUUUUAAAGAAGUUGCACAGAGUUGAUCUCAUGCAGAUGUUUUCAGAGACUAGCUCAGAACCCAAAGUGGAUGAGCAUCAACCUCCAGUCUUUGAAAAAACGGUAAAGGAAGAUGUGGAACAUGUUCUUUCGGAAACAUUGAGUGGUUUGAAACUUGAGGAGUUUGAGAAAUUUAAGUGGGUGCUGCAGCUCACAUACUUCCAGAGGAGUUUUACACGAAUCCAGUGGCACGACAUGGAGUGGGCAACAACUCCAGAUGAACUGGUGUAUCUGAUGGUGAGGAACCAGCAGCCUGUGGAGGUGACCAAAGAGGUUUUAUUGGACAUGAACAGGACUGAUCUAGUUGAGAGGCUGAUGGGGAAGACUCAGGACUUCAAGAGAAACAUCAGCCUGAACUGCCUCAUCAAGCUGUUCCAAAGUCUGGGGGCUCUGUCAACAAAAGCCCUGUCCCCUUUAGUUUUCAGCCUGGACCUUGGAACAGCCAGCGGAGAUCUGCCAGAGGAUCUCAGACUGAGUCCUGGUUCAUAA